GCCUAUAAAACAUAUAUAUCAGAGAGGGAGCCAGAAGCAAGGCCGCUGGCUGUAUCUGACUUCACACCGGAUCAGUUAUUUUGGAUAAGGGCAGCGCACAUAUGGUGUGAGAAAAUAGAUCCUCAUCAUUUGCUCAAAAUUAUUCGCACAGGAUCACGCAUCCCACAAAAAUUUAGAGUGCAGGGACCCAUGUCCAAUCUGCCCGAGUUUGCCCAAGACUUUCAGUGUACAAUAUUUGAUGACAUGAAUCCAAUAAGCAAAUGUGAAAUUUGGUAAUAAAAAAAUGAAGCAAAUGUAAAUUUCAGAUAAGAGUCUGUUGGUAUAUUAGUAUUAUUACAAUAAUAUUAUUAUUAGUAGUACAGGUAUUAUAUAUGAUAAUUGUAAACAAAGCUACACGCAUAAUUAAAUAAAUUUGUUGAAAUAAAAUAUUCCUUUUUGCAUCCUA